AUGAGCAAACUGUUUAGCGAGUGUGAGUGGGAAGAUGAUUUACCAACAAUUGGAACAAAUUUCCGAUUCUCUAAAAAACGGGAAGACAAAAAGCCGAAAAAAAAGAAAACUGAUUUGGCAGAAGCACACCACGUUGAGAAUGGGAAUCAUCAGCAAGAAAAUGGUAUCCAAAAACCAAACGGAUGGUCUGUAUUGUUAAAGAAUGGUAAAAACAACUCGAAACAUGUGAACGAUGAUGCGGAUAAUCCAUCCAAUGCAAAGAACAGCAAGCCGAAAAGCGAUAAGAGAAAGGCUGAUGACACUGUGGAUGUAGUUGGCAACAAAACAGCCACCAAAAAGAUUAAAUCGAAUGAAACAAUUAAGGUAACUGAAGCUGCAAAACAAAAUGGAAAAGUUACUUCGAAAGGUUCCAAUCCAAAUACUAAUUCCACUGGCAGCCAUGAGGAGAAGAAAAAACCUAAAUCCUUCAAAAAACCUGGGGAAGGUUGUAGCAAUUUGAGAGACAAGCUGGUAGAUCGCCUGAAGGGAUCCCGGUUCCGUUUCAUAAACGAGCAGCUUUACAAAAUUCCGGGCAAAGAAGCGAAAAAGCUGUUCCAAGAAGAUCCAGCUUCAUUCGACGCUUACCACGAAGGUUACCGCCAGCAGGUUGAGCAAUGGCCCAUGAAUCCAUUGAACCGUAUGAUCAAAUGCAUACUAAAACUUCCAAAAGAUACAAUCGUAGCUGAUUUCGGAUGUGGCGAAGCCAAAUUGGCAGCAUCUGUACCGCAUAAAGUUUACUCACUGGACUUGAUGUCGAACAACAGUAGUGUUAUUGCAUGCGACAUGGCAAACACACCGCUCGAAAGCAAUUUCGUGAAUGUCGUUAUAUUUUGCCUCUCGCUUAUGGGUACUAAUCUAGCCGACUUUUUCCUGGAAGCUAACCGUGUACUGAAAGUUGGAGGCAUCAUGAAAAUUGCAGAAGUUUCUUCGCGCUUCGAUAACGUGAACGUGUUUGUCAGCAAUGUACAGCGUUGUGGCUUCAAGUUGGAAAAUAAGGAUCUAAAGCACAGCUUGUUCUACUUCUUUAAUUUUAAGAAGGAGCGUACUGUAUUGAAAGGUUCAACCAAUACCAAACAGUUUAGCUUGAAGCCAUGCUUGUAUAAGAAACGCUAG